AUGUCCUGUCGAAUUGAAGAAAAUGGCCAUUUCGGAAGAAGACAAGCAAGAAAUGGAUUAAGAAAGCAGUGGACGUGCGCUGUGCGGCCGGCGCUGUGCGCGGUGGCGCUGCGGGCGCUGCUAGGCUCCGCCAGCGCCCUCCAACGCAUGACGCUGCAGUACACGUGGGGCAGCUUCGCCUUCGCCUUCGACAGCGAGGAGCAGCGCCAGCAGAUCUCCGCGCGCCCGGGCUACGCGCCGCAGAACUCCACGCCCCUCGACGUCGACUUCGACCGAGCCACGGGCCGCUGCUUCCUCUCGUUCCCGGCCGUCCUCCCAGGCGGGCCCGUGGCCCUCGCCACCGUCAGGGACAAGGACCAGCGCGAGUCCCCGCAGCUGGCGCCCUACCCCGACUGGAGCUGGCACGCGGGCCAGAGGGGCUGCGACGGGAUAACUUCGGUCUUCCGCAUCUACGGAUAUGGUGAUGAUAGGUCGUGGCGGGUAGAAAGCGACACCUUUCGCCCAGAUCCGAACGCAGAGAGCUUCGUCGUCAAUGGUUCAACUAUGACGCUGCAAGACGGCGUGAUGGGCUUGGCCCUGAACGACGGGGACGACCACUUGUACUACCAAGCGUUGUCUAGCUUCCGGGCGGGCCGAGUGCCCAAGGUAGUGCUUCGGGACGAGGCGCUGUUCGCCAACGGAACCAACCUUGCCGCUGAUAAACACAAUCAGCACGUAGUGGAACAUGACAGCACUCUUCUUCACUUCGUAACGGGUAUGAAAGCAAUUUCUCAAGGCUCUCCAGAAGAGUUAUGGGCCAUUGAUAACAAUGGACAACGCGCAUUUACUGGAGAGUUUCAACCUGACCUCCCUUACACUGUAAAUAUUGUGAGGGGUCCUGUGAGUGAUUUGUCUUCGAAAUGUAGUGGAUCGUACAACUAG